CGUUUCCAUCCUGCAGCCAGACAGCCUAGGGAUCGUGGAAAUGGCAAUUCGAGCACUCCGGCAUGCAGAUCGGGCCUUGAUCAGCCUAUGCCCAUCCCCAUACCUACGAAUCCACGCCGCCUCAAAUGGGCGUUCACAGCUUCAGAGUGCUCUCCUAAGAACAGCACCUCUCCGUACCCUCAGAACCUCCACGAUUGCCAGUCAACUUAAUGCUCCUAAUAAUAACAAGCCACCCUCUGCCCCAGCUGCUCCCAAACCUACUACACCAGCUCAAGCUCCUCCACCCCCAAAAAACCCUCUAACCGUGCAAAACAUCUCCAAAAACGGCCUCGACGACAAGCCCCCGGAGCUAGAUCUCGACGCCAACGGCAGCCCAACGCCCAAUGGACACGUAGACUGGACACGAUCUUACCACGGCCUCAGUGCCGAACCCUUCUCCAAGGAAGCAGCCAACAUCCUUUUGCAAGCCCUCGACCCGUCGGACGUCGAAAUUAAGCCCGACGGAAUCGUGUACCUUCCGGAAAUCAAGUACAGGCGGAUCCUGAACAAGGCGUUUGGUCCUGGAGGAUGGGGCUUGGUGCCGCGGAGUGAGAGUAUAGUCACGCCGAAGACGGUGACGAGGGAGUAUGCCCUUGUUGCACAUGGGCGCCUCGUAUCUAUUGCGCGUGGCGAACAGGACUAUUUCAACCCCGACGGAAUACCCACAGCCACGGAAGGUUGUAAAUCCAACGCCAUGAUGCGCUGCUGCAAGGAUUUGGGCGUGGCUAGCGAGCUGUGGGAUCCGCGCUGGAUUCGCAAAUUCAAAGCCCAGUACGCGAAGGAGAUUUUUGUCGAGCAUCAAGUGACCAAACGAAAGUCGAAGAUUUGGCUCAGGAAAGACGAUGAUGUAUCGUAUCCUUGGAAGGUAACGAGAUAGGGGGAUGACAAACGAUUGGGAGCUGGAUUCUUUGAGAUCCUUGAGGCAGGAAUAUCGAAGAAGGACCAGAGUGUUGAAAGUAUGCUUUUAUCUCUUCGGACGCGGCUCCCUCUUGGAUUGGAAGCUGAAGAAUAUUACGAAGACCAUUCACAUACAAACGACAGGCCGCGGCAUUUACUGUACUAUAUCUCUGGAAUAUUUGGUGGCGUAUGGGAAGUUAAGAGAGAGUGUUACGACAGCAACUUAAGAUUUUCGUGGAUAAAGAAUCAGGAGUUCUCUGUGAUCAAGAAACAAAUACCAAUCUACUUUAAUUGUAACUACAGAGAUGAACUCUGUACUGACCUACUAAUAAAUGAGUCGAUCAAACUCAUGCCCUGGUUACCUGAAUAUAAUGGCAUUUGAGCCCUCCAGAAUUAUAAUCAUAAUCAUCCGAAGCAAACAAAAAAGCAAUAUUGCCUGGAUAAACAGCACUAACUCCUUCAAGCACUUAUAGCCUGAAACCCCCAUGUUGGAGCAUGUGUGGGUCGACCACUGUUAUCAAUUGUCGAUAUCAAAGGGCAAAAGAAAAAAAAAAAAAAAAGGG